AGCUUCUCCAACUGCUUACCAAAGUACUAGGUAAGUAAGUAUGUACUAGGUAGGUACUUAUUCAAUUUAAAGACAAACAAUGGAAGGUAUAUAUUCUCACACUUUGAUGGAAAUUGGGCUGCACUCAAAGCAACCAACUGUAGCAGCUACCCUCCACAAGUUAAUGCAAGGUCGCAGCGUUAUGGUCCCUCUGCAGAGGCAUCAUGGCCUGGUACAAUGACAACAAGGCUCUAGACGCUUCACUCUAUCAAUAUGAAUGACUUGACCGAAAGUUAGACUCGCACAAAAGAGAAAAUGGGUGUAUUGGUGUCGUAGGAGGUUUCUAUGCAUAUUAUUACAUGAGACUUAGUAUUACACAUCCCGUUGCUGUUCGAAGACAUAUUGUAUGUACCUAUUCACCUACCUAUUGAGCCUCCAUUUUAUCGCGACAGUAAGAAAUAGCGACUACCCCCCCCCUCACCUUGACCACGAGCCUUCUCUGCAUCUUUACUCUAUCAUACCCAAGAUUAAGUUUGACAACAAUAGAGAUCAUGGAUCAGUUACCGCCGUCGCCCCAUCCCUCUAUUAUCACUACUGGCUUAAUCGUCAUCUCGAUUCUCUUUCCAAUUAUAUCGGCGCUCUCAGUCGCGCUUCGUAUAUUAGCCCACCGGAAGUCUCAUCAGCCACUUCAUGCGGAUGACUAUUGGGUCAUUGGCUCCUGGUUCUUAACUCUGGUCCUUAGUAUCUUGGUUUGGGUCUAUGCUGCUAAGUCCGGAAUCAAUUACUACAAUGUCGAUUUUCUCACCGGAACGGAAUAUUCCCUGGAGUUGAUUUUCAUUUCGUCUUGUUACGUCCAAUUCCCUCUCGCAGCAGUCAAGAUUGCUGUACUUAUUUUCUACAAGCGCAUAUUUUCGACCCGGAUAUUUAAGAGAUGCGUGUGGGUAGCAAUUGGCAUCGUUGGUCUCUGGUGCCUCGUUUUUUUCUUUGUUAUCUUCCUCGAACUCGACCCUAUCACAUUUCCUCUUACUACGGUACGUUUUCGAUUCGACUCAACAGCUCUAGGACUCGGACAGGUGGCCAGCAGCUUCACGCUGGACCUUAUUGUCCUGUGUCUCCCCUUGCCAGUGAUAUCACGGCUCAAUAUGAAGUCGGAGCGCAAGAUUGCCCUAAUUUUGAUUUUCUGGCUUGGGGCCUUCUGUGUGGUGGCCGCUAUCGUACGUACCGUGUUACUUGACCAGUCUAUUCGUUCGGUAGUCUCAUCAAGAGAUCAAGUCGCUAGCCAGUCUAAACAAUACAUCUUCAUGGUGCUUGAGCCUAAUUGCUCCAUCCUAGCCUCAUGCCUACCCACAUACGGACCUUUGGUAGCUGGAGGUCGUGCACCCGAGUCCAUUGUCCGCAGCGUGCGAAGCAUUUUGAGUCUGGCAAGCAAUAACUCGAACCAUACUCGUAAGAGUUCUCGGGGAUCAGCUCCUAAUGUGCCACGGGAUAACAACGCAGCCGAGUCACAGGUUGAGCUGCAGGAUUUCGAGAACUGGCCAGACAAGAGACAACAGGAAGCAUCGGUAUCCAGCAAAGUCAGCGAUGAUGCACCACUGACUAUGGUCCCGCCAAUUCAUCAAAAUGAAAUUUCUGUCACAAACGAAGUGUUGGUAUACAGAGAGUAGGUACCUAUCUAGGUAUUCUACAACGUCUUUACGGGUGUAUAAGGUACUAGAAGAACAGGAUCUAUACCACAGCGUCAAUCGCUGGGUAGAUAGAACGAUUUCAAAUUAUAAUAAGGAUACGGUUGGAGGGUAACGUUUCUUUUCAGAAUGAUUUUCUGGGCUAUAACGCUUUCUUGCAACGCAAAUGGCUUUAAUAUAAUGUAUUUUGGUUGGUUGGAGUAGCUGGUAGGUGGGUAAAAGGUAUGAAGGAAUUUUUAAAAAACCUAUAGUUUUAAAAAGGGUAGGGCUCGAGCUUAGACCUUUCCGUAAUAUGUGUACCUGAGUUAAAAAGUCUUGGUAGGGUGGCCAGUCC